AGAAAAAUCGAAAGGAGAAAAAAACUGGUUGUAUUUGUUCCUUUAGGUGGGUUUGGACCGACUUUUCCAACUCUUCCCGACCCGAGGAUAACACGGGGAAGGGUUCAAAAGUCUUCAGCACCGGAAUGAUGGAAGAUUCCCAUUUUAACCCCUCCUACUUCUGGUCUCCAGUGCCCGGACAGAUUGAGAACGCAAUGUUUCUGAACAAGAUGAAAGAACACUUGGGGGGGCAGGAGAAAGGCCCCGCCUUCCCCCAUGGCUCCGCCCACUAUCCUACUGCAGUGCUAGCCGUGCCCGGUGCUGUCGCCAUGGAUACGGCGGCCGGGGGUCGGGCUCCCAAACAGGAAGGGUCUGGAGCGGGAAGUGGGGGCCACACCCACCCACCUCAUACCACCCAGAACAUUACUGUCUUACCUGUUCCCUCUACAGGCAUCAUGACUGCAGCGGGGUUGGUGAUCACUACACCCCAGGGCACACUGGUGUCUCCUGUCUCCUCCGCUCAGUCGUUUCCACCAGGUCACCCGACCAUGAUCCUCCACACAGCAAACACAGAGAAAAAAGAGGACGUGGGCGGUCCUCCGCCGGUUGUCAUACCAACCGUGUCGAAGCGAGGACGGAAGAAGAAGUCCAUGCUCCAGCAGGUGGGCCCGCCCACAGGAAGUCACGCCCUGGCCACAGGAAGUGACGCGCUGAUCCUGGCUCACCUGGCAGCAGGGGCUCAGCACCAUCCGAGUGACCCAUAUGACCUGUCGAACGGCGACCAGGAGCAUGUGGUUAAAGAAGGCGGGAAAACCUACAGGUGUCGGAUGUGUAGUAUGACGUUUUGCAGUAAGUCGGCGAUGCAGAUCCACUCUAAGUCUCACACGGAGGUGAAGCCGCACAAGUGCCCUCACUGCUCCAAAACCUUCGCCAACGUCAGCUACCUCAACCAGCACACACGCAUACACACAGGGGCCAAGCCCUACUGCUGCACCUACUGCCACAAGGCUUUCAGACAACUCAGUCACCUGCAGCAGCACGCACGGAAUCACACAGAGUCGAAGCCUCAUAAGUGUCCCCACUGCACCAAGUCCUUUGCCAACACCAGUUACCUGGCCCAGCACAUCCGCAUUCACACGGGAGUCAAACCCUACACCUGCUCCUACUGCCACAAGGCCUUCAGACAGCUCAGUCACCUCCAGCAACACCACAGGAUCCAUACUGGAGACAGGCCCUAUAAGUGUCUCCAUCCCGGAUGUGAGAAAGCUUUCACGCAACUCUCUAACCUUCAGUCUCACCGCCGACAGCAUAAUAAGGAUAAGCCAUAUAAGUGUCACAACUGUAACCGUGGUUACACGGACGCUGCGAGCCUGGAGGUUCAUCUGACCAAACACACCGUUAAACACGCCAAACUCUACUCCUGCAGUCUCUGUAACCGCAACUACACCUCGGAGACCUAUCUGUUGAAACACAUGCGGAAACACAACCCUGAUCCUCUCACCGCGGCAGCGGCAGCGGCUGUGGCCUCAGCCCAGCAGAACCAGGCCGCCCAGUCUCAGCAGAGCCCCGGCCGGGCGGGCGGGGCCCGGGGCGAGAGGAGCGACGGCGGGAGGGGUCAGGGGGGCGCGGGUCAGGCCCAAGGUCACCACGGUUACGGCCCGGCGGACGGCGUGCCCUGCGCCUUCGACCUGCAUCAGUACAAGACGGUUGCCGCGGGAGACAUCCAGUACAAGCCGGUCGCCGUCGGCGACCUGUCGGCCGCUCACAAAGACCUCUGUCUCACCGUGGCCAACUCCGCCCUGCAGGUGGAGCACCUCAACUCCUGAACUGUUCCCCGACUGAGGAGGAGGUGCGGCCGAGGCCCGGGGAA